AUGCCCGGUCGCUGUUUCCUGCUCUUCGCGGCCUUGGCGGCUAGCGACGCCGAUGGGAACGCCUUUACCGAGCACGUCAUCACGGCGCUCGCGGACGGCGCCCUCGAGGUCUUCGCCAUCGACGUCGACGGCGACGGCGACACGGACGCGCUUUCCGCGAACUGGAACGACAACACGGUCGCGUGGUACGAGAACGACGGGUCGCAGUCCUUUUCGGAACGGGUCAUCUCGACGCUCGCUGUCGACGGCGUCCGGGGCGUGUUCGCGAUCGACGUCGACGGCGACGGGGACGUCGACGCGCUUUCGACACUUCAAAACGAAGACACGGUCGCGUGGUACGAGAACGACGGGGCCCAGUCCUUCACGGAGCGCAUCAUCUCUGACACGGCGGACGGCGCCCUCUCCCCCUUCGCGAUCGACGUCGACGGCGACGGCGACGUCGACGCGCUCUCGGCGUCCUUCAACGACGACACGGUCGCGUGGUACGAGAACGACGGCUCCCAGUCCUUCACGCAGCGCAUCAUCACCGACUCGGCGAACUACGUCUACUCCGUCUUCGCGAUCGACGUCGACGGCGACGGCAACGUGGACGUCCUUUCGGCGUCCCGAUCGGACAACACGGUCGCGUGGUACGAGAACGACGGGUCCGAGUCCUUCCACAAGCACGUCAUCACGUACUGGGCGACACGCGCCUGCUCAGUCUUCGCGAUCGACGUCGACGGCGACGGCGACGUGGACGCGCUCUCGGCGUCGUCGUUUUUUGAUGGUGCCGUCAGCGACAACACGGUCGCGUGGUACGAGAACGACGGGUCCGAGUCCUUCACGAAGCGCGUCAUCACGACCUUGGCGGACGGCGCCUACUCCGUCUUCGCCAUCGACGUCGACGGCGACGGCGACGUCGACGCGCUCUCGGCGUCCUUCAACGACGACACGGUCGCGUGGUACGAGAACGACGGAUCCCAGUCGUUCACGAAGCGCGUGAUCACCGACUCGGCCGACGAAGUUUGGAGCGUCUACGCGAUCGACGUCGACGGCGACGGCGACGUCGACGCGCUGUCGGCGUCCGAACAAGACGACACGGUCGCCUGGUACGAGUCUUUGAUGACGCCGGCUCCGACGAUGACCCCGGCGACGAAGGAGCCGACGGUGGCUCCAACGCCGUCCCCGAAUCGCGACGACGACGACGACGACGACGACGAAGCUGCGCUAGCUUUCACCGCUCUGCUGGCCGUCGUGCUGCUCGCCGUCUGUCUGUUCGGCUGCGGCGCCGGAUUCUUCUUUUUCUACGCCCGCUCCAAGUCCGCGGGAAACGAGAAGGAGGCGUCCUCGCAGGAGCUGCCGGGUCUCUUCAAACAUUCUAGCAAGGUAGAGCAAACGAGCAAACCGCCGAUGCCCCUCGUGUGA